AUGAGCGGAACAGGGAAGAACGAUUCAGACCCAAAUUCAGAUAACGAAUCAAAUAGUCCAAUAGUACUGCCAAGUCCUACCCCUUGUGUAAGUUUACCAAUACGAUUCUCAAAUCCAGAAAAUCCGACAUCCGAACGUUCUAUUGGGAACAUCAGUACUGAUAACUUCUUUAUCAGAACUGGCGUUCUAAUAGACCAUAAUUCAGAGUUAAUACAUAACGUCUCAGUAACUUUGGGGGAAGUAGAUACCGAAAAUCAACUCAAUCUUAAUAUCCUAUACCAAUCAAUUGAAGAAAAUCUUUAA